AUGAUCAACACCACCCGCUGCGACCUCAUAGGCGUCGACGUCGACGUCAAGGACGGCGGUAUGGUGGCUUGGACGGCCCUGGAGCAGGCGCACGGCGGGCCGGUCCAGGCGCCGAAGGUACGGACCGGUUCGGGGGGGUGGCCACGUGUCUUUUCGUUCAACAAGAGCGUCGCUGCGGGGCUGCUCCCAAACACACCCACCACCUUCACCAGGCUCCAGGUCGGAGCUGAUCUCGUCGGGAUCGACCUGCGCGGCAACAGCACACCGGCCUGCCUCGUCGCGCCGCCCACCACGUACGUUAACGGGGCGGGGGCGACCGUUGGUUACGUGGCUGUGGGGGAGGGCAUCCCGCACAUCAAUGACCUGCCCCCUCUGCCGCAUUUCCUCAUCGACUUGCUGCACCAGCGGGUGACGCCCCCUGUGGGAGGCGAUCGGGGGGCGCAUGGCAGAGCUCACGGGCCCGAGCGGCCCCCAUCGAUGGAGCCCGAUCUCGCAUCGCCUGAGCUGCAGGCGGAGGUGGUCGGCGAGCUCACGAGGCUGUUGUGCGGUUGGGGGGACAACACCUCCGUCUUCUCAGAGGCGGUGGCGUCGUCCGUGGGGCCGGGGGUGCUGUACAAGUUCAGAAACGGGCCGCAGGGUGAUGUGGGCGGGGCGACCAUCAUCGAGCGCAUCUACCUCAGGAAGGGGCUCAAGUUCGUCUUCACUCCAAACGGGUGGUUCUACUGGAACGGGAUCAUCUGGGUCGCCGACGAGGGCGGCAGCCACAUCCUACGAAUCAUGCGCGAGGAGCUGGUCAAAGUAGAGAAGGGCUACCUGGCCGAACGAGGAUCGAACCUCGAGGCGCGGUCGGACGAGGCAUCGAUGGAGAGCGACGACGAGAGCCUGACGGACUCGGGUACCGCCGGUACCGAAAGGAACGGCAAGAAGAAAGAGCCUAAGAUCGUCAACUUCAACUUCAACGCGAAGAUGUCGAACGUCCUCACCACCUGCAAGGACAUGUUCUUCAACGCGGGCUUCGAGGGGAAGCUGGACUUCAACCGGGACUUCAGGGCCGCUCAGAACGGGGUCAUCGACCUCAAGACCGGGGGUUUUUAG